GCUCCCUGUCCGCGGUCCUGAACGCGCUCCCGCACCUCCUGCGCUCCACGCGUCGACUUCUUGCCAUUUCUUUCUCUUUUUAACCAGUUUCAGCCUUUUUCUGUGGUGAAUUCCGAUGGAAUAUUCUCGCUGAUGAACAUGUGGAGAAAAUGGAAAAGCGAGGAAUCACAGAAGUCGACGGAAAGGGAGUUUCAGAGGACAUUCCAGUGAGAUUUCGAUUGAUUGAGUGCUUUAUAGGUCGUCUGUAAGGAGUAAAUACGCAAAAAUAUAUAUACCAGGUCGAGAAAUAGCCUACUGCUCAGGAUUGCACACUCAAGGAAUAUGCUGAAACACCUCACAGCUGAUUCAAAUUAAAAUAUUUCUUAUUAAUAUCGAGUGGAUUAUUAUCUCUGGCUAUGGAUACAGUAAAGGAACGAGUUUUGGCACCCGGCAAGGAGAAAAUGAAGAAUCUGGCCGGGAAAACCCUCGGACACAUGCACAGGGCGAUGGAGAGGAAGCAGAAGACGGGCGAGGUGAUCGAGCUGACGGAGGACGGGCGGCCCGCGCACAUGCCGGAGAAGAAGGCGCCUCUGGUGGACUGCACGUGCUUCGGGCUUCCGCGCCGCUACAUCAUCGCCAUCAUGAGCGGCCUCGGAUUCUGCAUAUCGUUCGGGAUCCGCUGCAACCUCGGAGUCGCGAUCGUCGACAUGGUCAAUAACAGCACCAUUCACAAGGGUGGCAAGAUCAUCAUCAAAGAGAAAGCGAAGUUCAACUGGGAUCCGGAGACGGUGGGAAUGAUCCACGGCUCGUUUUUCUGGGGCUACAUAGUGACACAAAUCCCAGGAGGAUAUAUUUCGUCACGACUGGCUGCCAACAGGGUGUUUGGUGCUGCGAUCCUGCUCACAUCAACCCUCAACAUGUUCAUCCCCUCUGCCGCGCGGGUGCACUACGGCUGUGUGAUGUUUGUGAGGAUCCUGCAGGGCCUCGUCGAAGGUGUGACCUACCCAGCAUGCCAUGGGAUUUGGAGCAAGUGGGCUCCACCACUUGAGAGAAGUCGUUUAGCAACCACCUCUUUUUGUGGCUCAUACGCAGGCGCUGUGGUGGCCAUGCCGCUGGCUGGAAUAUUAGUGCAGUACUCAGGCUGGUCUUCUGUCUUCUACAUUUAUGGGAGUUUUGGGAUCGUCUGGUACAUGUUUUGGAUUCUGGUUUCAUACGAGAGCCCGGCGGAUCAUCCCACCAUUACGGAUGAAGAGAGGACUUACAUCGAGGAGAGUAUUGGAGAAAGUGCCAAACUGCUUGGGGCGAUGGAGAAAUACAAGACACCCUGGAGGAAGUUCUUCACCUCUAUGCCGGUCUAUGCAAUCAUCGUGGCCAAUUUCUGCAGGAGCUGGACCUUCUACCUGCUGCUCAUCAGUCAGCCGGCGUACUUCGAGGAAGUGUUUGGCUUCGAGAUCAGUAAGGUCGGUAUGGUCUCUGCUCUCCCUCACCUGGUCAUGACCAUCAUCGUGCCAAUCGGUGGACAACUGGCCGACUAUCUGCGCAGCAGAAACAUCUUAACCACCACCACCGUCAGGAAAAUAAUGAACUGUGGAGGGUUUGGCAUGGAGGCCACUCUGCUGUUAGUGGUGGGUUUCUCUCACAGUAAAGGUGUCGCCAUCUCUUUUCUGGUGCUCGCUGUUGGCUUUAGCGGCUUCGCUAUAUCAGGGUUUAAUGUCAACCACUUGGACAUUGCGCCGCGGUAUGCCAGCAUACUGAUGGGUAUUUCUAAUGGCGUCGGCACACUUUCUGGUAUGGUCUGCCCUCUGAUUGUAGGUGCUAUGACCAAAAAUAAGACUCGUGAAGAGUGGCAGAACGUGUUCCUGAUCGCGUCACUGGUUCACUACGGAGGUGUGAUUUUCUACGGGAUCUUUGCAUCGGGCGAGAAGCAGCCAUGGGCUGAUCCGGAGGAGACCAGCGACGAGAAGUGCGGCUUCAUCGAUGAAGAUGAGUUAGCGGAGGAGACGGGCGACAUCACGCUGAGCCAUGCUCCUUUCGGGGCCCAAGGCGCUCUUGGGGCCCCGGCCAAAACAUACGGGGCCACAACACAGCUGAACGGAGGCUGGGCGAAAGGCUGGGAGAAAACCGAAGAGUUCAUCCAGGAGGACGCGGAGCGCACCUAUACUGGAGACGGGUACUCGUAGAUACAUUCACUAAAAAACUAAACACAUCUUUAACAAAAACAAAAUAAAGGGAGAGAAACUAUCCACCUUUUUCCUACGAUGCUGUGUGCAAGCUGUGGGAGUAUCUUCUGUUAAACUCGUAAAACAUAUUUAAAAAUACUAUAGUGAUUUAAAUUAACCAUUAAAUAGUAAAGUACUUGGCUGCAUCCGAAAUCGCAUACUUGCAUACUAUAUAGUACGUUAAAAACAGUAUACGAGCCGAGUAGUAUGCCUGAAUUCAUAGGAUUUGAUAAACAGUAUGCAAGAAGUACCCUACUUCUGGUGAGAUUCUGAAGUGCACAUCCAAUGGACGCUACGUUAUCCCAUGAUGCAAAGUGAGAAGAUUUAUGAAUGCGAGUAAAUAGGUCACGUGAUUGACUAAUGGCGGAUGUAGUACGUUUAAAUUCCAUUCAUACUACUCGCAUUCAUACUGUAUAGAACACACUACUCAAACAGUGGUGUAGUAAAUUCUAAUUCAAAUGCAGUACAUACUUGAAUAGUAUUUCAGACGCAGCCCUUUAAAGGUCCAGGGAAAUUAAACGUUUUUUAGAUGUUAAUUUAACAUUUUUUAGAUGUUAGCAUCAGUAUGUAAGUCUGGAGGUUUAUUCAACUGUAGGUUAUAUUAUACUACAAUACACACAGUUAACUGUAGUAAAACAAAAGUGUACUACAGUAUUUAUUACAGUUUACCAGUUGCAAAUAGUAUAAUAUAUACACAACAAUGGACUUUAGUAUAGUGCGUUUCAAAAAUAUGAAAGAUAAAUCCUGCCAAUUUUGAAUAAAUCAAAUAAACAUUGAAAAUUAAAAUGAAAACCAGAUUAACAGUUUCAUUAUAAAACACUGUUUGCAAAAUAUGAGCUAAACUGAACUGAACUUAAACACUACAAACUGAACUACACUGUUCCUAUUUACUACGACCUUUUAUGUGAAGCUGCUUUGACACAAUCUACAUUGUAUAAGCGCUAUACAAAUAAAGGUGAAUUGAAUUGAAUUGAAUUGAAUUGAAUUGAAUCGAAUUGAAUUGUUCGCAAAAUAUCUGCCAAAAUUGAAAAUAAAAUGAAAUUAUUUCAUUUUCACUGCGACAACACGUCGUCCCUGUCAAAUCGAUAAUUAAAAUGAAGUUGCGGACUUAACAUUUAAUUUUCACUGCAUUUCUGCAUAAAGACUGCCAAUAUUAAGACGGAAAGCCAAGCUAAA